AUGCUGACGUUCGGUUCUAGGCGGUUCAUCUCCAGUUUUCAAAGAGCAGAUGGUAAGCUAGCCGAGUUUUACAAAUAUCAUGCGACUCGGGUAUCACUAAGACCGUGGAUUUACAGACCGCGCAACGCAAACACCUUAUUGGCGAUGGAUCUAAAAGAGCCUGGUUCAGACACCCCGCUAAAGUCAAGAGAGCCUGUUAAACCUUUGUCUCGCAGGGCUCUGAAUACUUAUAUAUGGUCGGCGCAAGAAGCAUCACAAUUGCUGGACUUGCUGCACAAAUGGACGUCGUUGACAACUCGUAAGAAAGACAUUUGGAAGUAUUUCACUGCAGACCACAUUCAAAAUAUUCUGUUUGCGUCAACUUUCAAGCUGGGUAAGCUCUCAUCGUUUUUGAAGCAUCUAUACCUAUGGAAGCCACUUUUCGCCGAAGCGCAGAAUGCAAGUAUCUAUGACAUUGAGCACUUUUUUAAUUCCGUGGUCACUUGCCAGCUACACAGAAACCAUAUUCGUAACUUGACCAACGUCGAGACGGCUCAAAACAAACUUCUGACUGCGUGGCAACAGGUUUCUGAGAAGCAGAAUCACAGCGGACUAGCCAGUCAUCUUGUCAAUGCCUUCGCAAAGCAGCAAGGUUUCACAAUGAAGCACGAUCUGCCAGGACUUUCUUCUAAAGAAAUCGAACUGCCCGCGAUUGACACGGCCAACGCAUCGAACGGCAAAUUGAGUGCUUUCUUGAGCAAACACAGAUUCCAAUAUGUCAUGACGCGCACGAUUGCAGAGUUUGGGGAAGCUCUUGAGCCUGUGGGCAAAUUUAAUGAGAAUUACCAAAAAGCAGCAACAAAGUUGGGUCGCGCUGACGUAUACGAAGAAUAUAAAAACAACGCAAAGCACCUUGCGGUCGAACCUACAGUCUCUGCCACUGCAGCUCCUCAUCCUGCGGCUGAAGAAUAG